AGAAAGGGGAAGAAGCAGCUCACAGCGGCAGCAGCUGAACAACGACGGUGCAGACUUUAGCGAGCCGCCUGCAACUUUAUUGAGAGUUUAUGGAGAUAGAAGACGGAGGCAGCAGGAGACUGCUCAGUCAGGGGAAACAAGGAAGUGAAGAGCAGACAGUUGUUUUUCCGCCCGCACAAGCCUAUUUGGUGAGCAAAUGUUGACUCACAGGAGGAGGUGUUUCUAGGCUGAAUUGGCCUUCCAAAACCUUUGUGCUGAUUAUCUACCUCAACAGUUCUUGUUUUCUACCUCGUCAACUACCUCAGCCUGUGUUGUGCUUAGUCAGUCAUCAUUAGCGAAAGGCCAGCGGAUCCCUUUUUGGCUUCGCGGACAGGUCAACCAGCUGCCGUGUUGUAUGGUGAACUAGCCCACACCAUCACUAGCAUCUUUAGCGUAAACCCUUGGUGAGGAGGUUCCUCCUGAAGGAGUCAUGUUUCGCCCGGGGUUGUGAUGUCCGAGCCCUGCAAAGGACCAGGAGCAGCGGAAGAACGGGGGCGGAUUUGCAAAGACGUGCCCCGCUUUGUGAUUGGUUGUGAAGAGGAUGAGCAAGACAUGGGCCAAAUGGAGGCUGGUAUGAAGAACUAGAUGCUUCGACAGGAGAACAUGGAGGACGAUGACAAUGAAUCGCCAUCUGAGCGACAGAUCGUUGUGGGCAUAUGUGCAAUGAUGAAAAAGUCCAAAUCAAAGCCCAUGACCCAGAUCCUGGAGAGACUUUGUAAAUUUGACUACAUUGAUGUAGUCAUCUUUCCUGAGGAGGUGAUUCUGGAGGAAUCUGUGGAGAAAUGGCCCCUCUGUGACUGCCUCAUCUCCUUCCAUUCCAAAGGUUUUCCUCUUGACAAAGCUGUGGAAUAUGUUAAGCUCAGGAAUCCAAUGCUCAUCAAUGAUCUCAACAUGCAAUAUUUCAUUCAAGACAGGAGGGAAGUGUAUCGGAUCCUUCAAGAAGAGGGCAUCGACCUGCCUCGUUAUGCCGUGUUAAACCGAGACCCGGACAAUCCUGAAGAGUGCAACCUGGUGGAGGGGGAGGACCAUGUUGAGGUGAACGGAGAGGUGUUUCCUAAACCCUUUGUGGAGAAACCUGUGUGUGCGGAGGACCACAAUGUCUACAUAUACUACCCAACAUCUGCUGGAGGAGGCAGCCAGAGGCUCUUCAGGAAGAUUGGGAGUCGAAGCAGUGUCUACUCUCCAGAAAGCAAUGUGCGAAAAACUGGAUCCUACAUCUAUGAGGAGUUCAUGCCAACAGACGGCACCGAUGUUAAGGUUUACACAGUGGGCCCAGACUACGCCCACGCUGAGGCCAGGAAGUCUCCAGCUCUGGACGGAAAGGUGGAGAGAGACAGUGAGGGGAAGGAGAUCCGUUACCCUGUCAUGCUGACCGCCAUGGAGAAACUGGUGGCUCGCAAAGUCUGCAUGGCCUUCAAGCAAACGGUGUGUGGCUUCGAUCUGCUCCGGGCCAACGGCCAUUCCUACGUCUGCGACGUGAACGGCUUCAGCUUUGUGAAAAACUCCAUGAAGUACUAUGAUGACUGUGCCAAAGUGUUGGGGAACAUGGUGAUGAGAGAGUUAGCCCCCCAGCUGCACAUCCCCUGGUCCAUCCCCAUGGAAGCUGAAGACAUCCCUAUCGUCCCGACAACCUCAGGAACCAUGAUGGAGCUUCGCUGUGUCAUUGCCAUCAUUCGUCAUGGAGAUCGAACACCAAAGCAAAAGAUGAAAAUGGAGGUCCGUCACCCUCUUUUCUUUGAGUUGUUUAAGAAGUAUGGAGGAUACAAGACAGGCAAGCUAAAGCUGAAAAAGCCCAAACAGCUGCAGGAAGUGCUCGAUAUCGCCCGUCUGCUGCUGGUUGAACUUGGCCAGCACAACGACUGUGAGAUCGAGGAGAAGUCGUCCAAGCUGGAGCAGCUCAAGACAGUGUUGGAAAUGUAUGGUCAUUUCUCUGGUAUCAACAGGAAGGUCCAGCUGACCUACCUUCGACAUGGCCAGCCUAAAGCCUCCAGCGAAGAAGAAGACUGUAAGAAGGACGGUCCAUCUCUGCUGCUGGUGCUGAAGUGGGGCGGGGAGCUGACACCUGCUGGCCGGGUUCAGGCCGAGGAGUUGGGCAGGGCCUUUCGCUGCAUGUACCCUGGAGGUCAAGGUGACUUUGCGGGCUUUCCUGGCUGCGGCUUGCUGCGUCUGCACAGUACUUAUCGCCACGAUCUGAAGAUUUAUGCCUCCGAUGAAGGCAGGGUUCAGAUGACAGCUGCAGCUUUUGCCAAGGGCCUGCUGGCUCUGGAGGGGGAGCUGACACCAAUCCUGGUUCAGAUGGUAAAGAGUGCCAACAUGAAUGGACUCCUGGACAGUGACUCUCUGACCGACUGCCAGCAGAAGGUGAAGGCCAGACUACAUGAGAUCAUGCAGAAGGACCAACAGUUUACACAAGACGACUAUCAUAAGUUGGCCCCAACUGGCAGUCCAUCACUGGUGAACUCAAUGAAGGUCAUAGAGAAUCCAGUCCAAACCUGUGACAAGGUGUACGCGCUCAUUCAGAGCCUCACCUCGCAGAUUCGAAAGAGACUGGAGGACCCUAAGUCUGCAGAUUUGCAGCUGUACCACAGUGAGACGUUGGAGCUCAUGCUGCAGCGCUGGUCCAAACUGGAGAGAGACUUCCGCAUGAAGAACGGACGCUACGACAUCAGCAAGAUCCCGGACAUCUACGACUGCAUCAAAUACGAUUCGCAGCACAACGCCUCUGUUGGCUUGGAGGACACGCUGGAGCUCUUCAGACUGUCCCGUGCCCUGGCUGACAUAGUCAUCCCACAGGAGUAUGGCAUCAGUAAAGUAGAGAAGCUGGAUAUCGCUCAGGCGUACUGUGUUCCUCUGAUGAGGAAAAUCUACCUGGACCUUCAGAGGACCCAUGAGGAUGAGGCUGUCAACAAGCUACACCCUCUGUAUUCUCGGGGGGUGAUGUCUCCUGGUCGUCAUGUUCGAACACGACUCUACUUUACAAGCGAGAGCCACGUUCACUCCCUGCUUAGCAUGUUCCGCUAUGGAGGACUUCUAGAUGAGGUGAAGGACCAGCAGUGGAAGCAGGCGAUGGACUAUCUGAGUGCUGUGACUGAACUCAACUACAUGACGCAGAUCGUCAUCAUGCUGUAUGAAGACAACAACAAGGACCCCUCCUCAGAGGAACGGUUCCAUGUGGAGCUUCACUUCAGUCCAGGAGUCAAAGGAUGUGAGGAUGAGGAGAAUCUCCCUCUUUGCUUUGGUUUCCGCCCUGCCUCAUCAGAGAAUGAGGACAAAAAGCCCAAUCAGGGAAGUUUGGAGGAUCUUUCCCAGGAUCAGACAGAUGAUGCACUUCCUGUCACAGAACUCAUUAACCUGCAGAGAAGGUCCCCAAUGAUCCGCAAUCGCAAGACCGGCUCCAUGGAGGUCCUCUCCGAGACCUCCCCCAACCAUACCUCCAAAGGUUGCCCAUCCCAUCGACUCUUCCAGUCAUCUUCGCGCCAGUCUCCUGAGAUCAAACCAACUGGUGGCCUAGGCUCGCUCUGCUCUGGCCUCUUCAGUGCCUCUGCCCUCGGGGUGUCCUCUAGUGCCCCCAACUUGCGGGAUUACGUCCGCAGCCACCACCACCACCACCACCGAAAACCACCUCUGUCCCCCGGCAGUCUGCCGUGCAAGAUUGGCAUGUUUGAACUGCUCUCUAUGCCGGCAGUAAAGAGAUUUUCUGUGUCGUUUGCCAGGCAUCCGACCAAUGGAUUUGAAGGCUGCUCCAUGGUGCCCUCUAUCUACCCGCUGGAGACGCUGCACAACUCCCUGUCCCUGAAGCAGGUGGAGGAGUUCCUCAGCAAGGUGUGCGAGAGCAGCGGAGAGGCCCAGGCUAAAACGAUGACAGCACCUUCUGAUUUGUUUGACUCUCAGAGUCAGGCAUCUCUCUACAGCCCUCAGCAGCUUCUGUCCUCCCCUGGAUCAGAGGCAUCUCUCCAACCACCGGGCCAGCCUCUGUGGCAUAGCAGCAUCCCUUCCAGCGCUGUGUCCAGUGCAGGCCCCUCGUCCCCAACCACAGACACCUCCGGCGUCGGCCUGAACUUCAGCUUCAGCGAGUAGGUCCGUCUCUCUGGGCGACAAGAGGGCUGCUGCGACUCUGAGGUGGCGAUGAGAUGGACAUCGCUGGGUUCUCCUCCUCACAGUUAUAUUUCUGGAGGAGACUGUGAUUAUGGAGAGAAAAUACUGCAUAACACUCAGACUUCGACCUGUACGGGAACUGUUCAGCUUCCUGCAACGUCUGAGCUCCGCAAGGAGACAAAGCACUGAAUCAUCUUUCAGUUUGGUGACAUUUGUUGACUACACUGGGAGACACUCUGAGUGCAUCAGACCAGCUUUCAGACACCCGGGUCUUUCAUCGGUUUCCAGUGCUUACUUUGGUUCCUGCUACCAGCUCCUUUUCACUCUAGAUUUGACUCAAUAUUAUAUAGAAUAAGCUUUAAACACUUUUUUCUUACUCUAAUUGUUCCCCAGAGACUAAAUGUUGAUGGAACCUCCUGCUGUUCAACGGCACAGAGACCAGAACCUGGACCUGCAUUUUACACAUUUGGUUCGUUUCUUCGCUGUCAACACGCCAACAGUUUGACCUUUGCUGAGAAAUUAUGAUAGAAAUUCCUCUUAAUCAUUGUUGCAUCUUUAUUAUUAUUUUUUUCUUCUAUAAAAUAUAAAAGAUUUUUGUUUUAUCAAAGCCUCAGAUUGAAAGCCAGUCAGAGGUUGUUAUUCAGCCCUCAUGGCUGAUGGUAUCCAAUCAGACUGAGAUGAACUCAGUAGUUUCUUCAUAUCGACCAAAGAGGUGCAGGUUUCUUCAGUGAUAUUCACGCCAGGCUGAUCAGUCUGUGUUUUUCACUCCUAUGUGUCUGCUGUUGAAUGGAAGCCAUAUUUGUGUAAAUGUGCCGUUAAACGACCUGUGACAUUCAACAACAAAUCAUGUUUGGUAAUCAGAAAAGCGCUGCAGCGUUGGAACUGAAGGAAGAAACCACUAGAUUAGGGAAAUAUUAAAAUUAUAAUUAAGAUUA